GGCGGUGAGUCAUGGGAAGAUAGUCAUCUUCGUAACUGCUGUUUUUUGGUGUUGUGUUUUUAGGGCUUCGACAUGUUUCACACGGAGGUCGUUCUGGGAUUCAACCUGCUCCUCUUUCUGCACGUCGUCGCUCAGUUCAGGAUUAAUGCACAGCAGAAGUGGCCCGUACCCUACAGGCGUUUCGAUCGUCGGCCUGAUGUGGACUCUUACUGUCAAGCUCUCUAUCCGUUCUGCCCCACCGGAGACCCAGAUGGACGGAUUCCCAACAUGAGAGACAGCGACACCAUCUCGGUGUAUCGGCUGCAGACUCCAGUGUGGGAAUUCAAGUAUGGAAGUUUGCUGGGAAAGUUUCACAUCAUGCAUGAUGCUGUUGGGUUCAGCAGUGCAGAGACAGGAGCCAACUACACCAUGGAGUGGUACGAGCUGUUUCAGCUGGGCAACUGCACUUUUCCUCACCUCAGACAAGAAGUUUACGCACCUUUCUGGUGCAACCAGGGAGCUGCCUGCUUUUUUGAAGGCAUCGAUGAUUUACACUGGUCACAGAAUGGCACCUUAGAGAAAAUUGGAGUAAUCACAGGGCAGCAGUUCAACGAUAUGGCCCGCUGGGUGCAGGAGGACAACGAGACUGGGAUCUACUAUGAGACGUGGACAGUUCGGUCUGACCCCAGCCCCAACGCCACGGUGUGGUUCGAAUCCUACGACUGUUCCCAGUUUGUCCACCGCACAUACAGGAAGCUUACAGAGCUGGGAGCCAAACUAUCCAGCCGAUCACAGACCAACUACACCAAGAUCUACCUGUACAGCGGAGAGCCCACGUACCUCGGCAAUGACAGCGCCAUUUUCGGACAGCCUGCAUUGAAAAAUCUGGCAUUGGACAUCCGUAAAUUUUACCACACAUUUAGGCCACACCAGACAUUUGGAGAUGCCAUGAUCAGUCUGCUGGAGGCUUUUGAGACGGUCGUGUUGGAAAGGAGCUUCUACCUCUACUACAACUUUGAGUACUGGCAUCUGCCAAUGAAACCUCCAUAUGUGCGGAUUACAUAUGAAGAAGUGCCUUUGCCUUAAAAUCCCAUUUGACUACUAAUUUUUUAUUUUAUUGCUAAAUAUUAUUAGCUGAAAGGCUAAUGACAACAAUAUUAACAUAAACUUCAAUGAAUGGUUAAUUUUUUUCUUCUAUUUGGAAAUAGCAGUCAAGAAAAAACGUUUCAACUAAGUUGUCACAUGACUAUGAAGUCCUUCAAAAACUAAAUACACCCCACGAUUCAGUGGCUUGCAGAAGUAACUAGUCAUUGUUUUCUAUAUGACUUACAUAUACGUUACAUUACUGCAUCAUUACAUUAUUCAUCAGUGCACAACCUUCCUAAGGUCCUGCAUAGCCUUUUAAUCAGCUUGAUGUCUGAACUGUGGCUGGGUCAUAAUAACAACAACAAAAAAAAUUAUGCCGUUUCGUUGUAGACUUGCUGCUGUGCUUGGGAUCUCUGUCCACUUGGAGUAUGCAAUUUCAGCCAAGCUUUAGCUUAUAUUCUAGAGUCAGAUGGCCUCACAUUUGUCACUAGAAUAUUUUGGUAUACAGAGUUCAUGGUUGGCUCAGUGACGGCAACGUCCUCAGGUACUGUGGCUGCAAAACAAGCCCAAAUCAUCACCCCUCCACCACCGUGCUUGACAGCUGGUAUGAAAGAUUUAUGCUGAUAACACGGUGCUGUGCAUUAUGGCCGCUUUGGUCUUAUCUGUCCAAAGGACAUUGUUGCAGAAUUCCUGUGGUUUGUUCAAAUGCAACUUUGCAAAGCUAAGUCAUGCUGCCAUAUUCUUUUUAGAAAGAAGAGCUGCUCACACUUGCUGAUGUUAAUCAGUUAAUCAAGUGCAUUUGAUUAGCAUCACCUAGCUGCUACUUAAUUCCUAUGGAAGCAUUCAAGGUGUACUUAGUUUUUUGGAGGACCUGAGUCCUGUGAAAAGUUUCCACACAACUGUAGCUGUUUGAAAGGUUUCAAUCAAAGGAUAAAACCUCACUUUCUUCAAGGGAAAAUAGAUUUUAAUUCAGUAUUUCUCACCAAGGAGCAUUAUGUACAGAUAUGCUGAGUGCAUUUCUUGCUUCAUAACAUUCUGUGUUUGUAAUAUCAGUUUAAAAAGUAAAAAAAACAAAAAACAAAACAGCACUUCUGGACUUUCCAGUGUUUAAAUGUUCGGAAACAUUUAGCAGGACUUUUCCUGGCCGAUAAGUGGCGUUUGUGGGUUGACUACAUGUUUAAGUGCGAUCAGUCCACACACAGUAAAAGCAGGGAUUCUGGGUUAGCUUAUUUGACAGAAAUCUGCAUUUUCCUGUUAUUUUUGGACAUAUGAUGACCAAAAAGAGACUUCUUGAUAAAUAAAAGAUACAUGUACAACCCCACCCCUUUUCCCCCUUUACUUCAGUUCUUCUUGUUAUUUAAGAAAUAAUAAUUUAAGAAAACUGUUCAUACAUCUUUUCAUCUCAAAUGCAUCCCAUUUUUAUAACUGAGUCCUUUUAUGGAGUUUAACUACGUGUGCCUUCGGUUAAUAAAGAAAAAUAAUUACAUGAAAGUUGCACAGAGUACAUUCACAAAUUUUUAUUACAGUGUGAGAUCACAUGUCCAAAACAAUUUUAAUUUCAAGACAGGUGACCAGUAAAGCAAAGCAGACAAAGCUUUUGUCAUACAGAAGCAAAACUAGAGGAGAGUGUUUAACACCUGUUAACUCCCAAAUAAAGUUCAAAUAAUAAUUACUGACAAUCAUAUUUGUGACAAAAUUUAAAUAAUGCUCUCUCUCGGUCAGCAUUUACCAUGUGAAGCAUUUUUUUUUUCAGCCGAAUAUUCCAAUAAAAGCAAAUACAGACAAGCUCUCAGUGAAAACAGGCUUCACGUUAGGGCCACUGUUUAAUGCACUGCACACAUUUUCAAAUAAAAUAACCAGGAGAUGUGUUACUGUACCCUUCAGAUGCUAAUGUACAUGAGCACAGAUAUCCGCUUCUUCAGUGAUGAGAAACAAAUACUGUGAAGAGGCUAUAUUCAUUCAAUAAUACUAAGAAGCACCUCUUGCAACAAGUCUCUCAGUUAUUGUAUAUGAAAUAAAACUUGAGUAAAAAGGAAUGAAAUCUGGCAGAAAUAAACUAAAUUUUUAUUGACAUGCAGUGCUGCCUUAAGGUUUGUCCACUACCAAAAACCUUUAAAUAUUUAAUAUGUAUACGCCAUAAAUGCAUACUCUUCCCCCCCCCCCCCCCAUCUUC